AUGGACAAGUUUCGGAUGAUCUUCCAGUUCCUCCAGUCCAACCAGGAGUCCUUCAUGAACGGCAUAUGCGGGAUCAUGGCCCUUGCCAGCGCCCAGAUGUACUCAGCUUUUGAUUUCAACUGCCCAUGCCUGCCACGCUACAACCUGGUCUAUGGGCUGGGCAUCCUCCUGGUGCCCCCUUUCAUCUUGUUUCUGCUGGGCUUCGUGCUGAACAACAACAUCUCCAUGCUGGCAGAGGAGUGGAGGCGACCCCGGGGCCAGCGAGGGAAGGACCCGGCCGUCCUGCGCUACAUGUUCUGCUCCAUGGCACAGCGGGCCAUGAUCGCCCCGGCAGUCUGGGUCUCAGUGACGCUGCUGGACGGCAAGUGCAUCACCUGUGCCUUCUGCACCUCUGUGCCCGUGGAGACCCUGGGCAACGCCAGCCACCCCAGCCUCUCCCAAGGGGAGAUGAAGAGGGUCCUCGCCCGCAUCCCCUGCAAGGAGAUCUAUGAUGGACAGGAGCUCAUCGCCAAUGAAGUGGCCAUCAGGUACCUGCGCUGCAUCUCACAGGCUCUGGGAUGGUGCUUUGUGCUGCUGAUGACCAUGCUGGCUUUCUUGGUCAGAUCCCUCCGGCCCUGCUUCACCCAAGCUGCCUUCCUGAAGAGCAGGUACUGGUCCCACUACAUUGACAUCGAGCGCAAGCUGUUUGAUGAGACAUGUGCAGACCAUGCCAGGAGCUUUGCCAAGGUCUGCAUCCAGCAGUUCUUCGAGGGCAUGAGCACAGACCUGGCAGCCGCUCGCACUCCCAGGAAAGCCCCUGCAGAUGCAGGAGAAGCCACCGAGAAGCUCUUGGGCAUCACUGACCAGAGCACCAUGAACACGGCCCUGAAGAGCUGGCACAGAUGCAAGCCCCCGCUGCACCUCCACCCACCCACUCUCCCCAGUGGCAACGGCUGGGCAGGGGAAGGGCAGCCCCCUACACACUCCUCCACACCCCGAAGGGAGACGGCUGCCUACUACAGCCGGGUGUGA